AUGGACAAUGUAGAUUGUGUGGUUGAGCUUUUGAACCAUAAUGCUGAUAUAACUAGUAAAGAUGAGUUUGGAAAGACAGCUUACGAAACAGCCAUUAUACACAAAUGCGAAAAGUCAGCAAGAAUUCUUAAAAGUGAAGGUUAGUAAAGUUAAUAUAAUCUUAAAUGUUACAAGCCUACAAUCAGGGACAAAAGUAGUUGACACACUUGUUUUAAAACGGGUGCUUUUAACAAACAUUUAAUUCAUUUAUUAUUUCAUUCUUUUUAAACGCCGUAAAUCCCCUCACCCCCCGAAUCAAUGUUGUCUGAAGUAAAAAGAAGACUUGAGGGUCCAAAAUUCAACAUUGAUUUUGGGGGGAAGGGGUUGGGGUAGACAGGGGAAUUGAAGAGUAUAGGUAUAUCCACUAUGCAAAAAGGGGCCAUUUUAUGGAAGUAUGUCAACACUUUUGUCCCUCAUUAUCUGAAUGCAAAAUUGUGCUACUGCACACAAGUUGAGCCGUGCAUGACGCUGAUUUUAACUGAAAUUAAAGGAAUCAAUGACAUAAUUAUGUUAUUGGUGGUAGGGGUGACAUUGACUUAUUCACGACCGAAUUAUAGGGCCAAUUUGAAUUACUUGACGACGUAAUAAAAGGGCUGCGAUAUCCAGAAUUAACGUCGAUAUGGUUUACAAGCUGAAAACUGACGCUGAAACUCGCGCACAUGUACAACUUUUGAUGAAUUUCAAGGGUAUGCGUGCUGAAAAUAUUUUAAAUAAAGUGAACAUUUCUCGUUCGUCACUUUAUCCGAUUGUUAAGGCACAAACAAUCACGGGUAGGGUAAGGAUUGACACAUGUCACACAUUGUCACUGGCCGGCCACGGAAAUAUGGAGCGUUAGUGAGGAGCGGCCGUCGGAGCGUUCAAUAUCGAAACUACGGAAAAGUGAAGGUAAAUUCAUGGCCAAUUCAAUAAAAAAACUAAGGACAGCGUAGCAAACAUUGCAAGUGUACACGAAAACAAUUACUUUCAAUCCCACCUCGUGACACCCUGUGUGACAUGAUAACGUAAUGCAAAUAGCGUGACAUGAGCGCAUAUGUCUGUGUAUUUGGACUGCAUUUCUUAAGCGAAACCCCAUGUUUCUGGCUAUUGUCGGCAGAGAAAAUGAAAAGAGAGCUUUGAAACGUAAACUGGUAUUUGACUCCCAAAGAAAACGACAGCUCAAACUGAGGAAAACACUGCUUCCUUCGUGUUACAACGGUUAACCACGUUUCAGCAAACGGAAAGUAAACAUUAGUCUUUUAUGACCUCUUAAUGUCGAUAUGUAUUCUUGUGGUUAAUCGUUGAAACUCCUUAUUUGCACCACAUCGCUGGAAUUUUUCUCGCCAAGAAUAUCUAUUACGAAGCACUUUCUACAUAGCAGAAUCUUUUUUUGCCUUUUGUGAGGAAUUAGCGCAUAAAAAAGGAAGAUUUUCCAGCGCACGGCCGUCAUCGAUCACGUGUUAUCCCGCUUUCCUUGUCAUCAAGUGAACUACUGAGCCAAAGUAAUUGCUGUUUUGGUGAUGAUACAAACUGGUGUGUCUACCUUGAAAACCAUUUCUUUGGCAUUCUGUGAUUUACGAGCAGGGAAAUGAAAUAGUUGCCCAUCCAACAUCAAUAAAAAAUCAUGUCACUGAAUAAAUGGCAGGCGGUCAUCUAAAAUCAUUACAACUAAAGUACAUUCCUAAGGGAGCAUUCAUAAUUUACCAAGAGGGUGGGCUAUGAUGAUUUUGAGGGGGGGGUCACUCUUUUUCACCACUAUGAUUUAGGGGGUGCUGUGGAAAAUUUCCAACGAAAAUUACAUUGAGCAUAGGGGGGGGGGGGGCAACCAUAGUUUCCUGAAAAAGAAAAGGAAAUGAAAAUAUGCUGUUGGACGCUCUUAUAAUUCCUGUCUUUUAUUUCAUUUCGACGAAAUGUUGAUACAGAACUAGAGUAUGAAACUUGAUGCAUGACGCCCACUUCUUGUGUAAUUUAUUGCCAGGAAUUCUCCUGCUCUAUGUGUUAUCGGCGUGUUUGAAAUUAGCCUGCGUCACAAACGGAACUUAACCUCUGAGUCUAACCCUGAUUAGAUCAUGUUCAUCUGCGACGCAGGCUAUGAAAUCAGAGCGAGACGAACGCAAGGGAAGAAAGGAUAUCGUUUUCAGUUUUAGUUAUUCGUUCCUGACUGAAAAUGUAUUGCAGCCACUUUCUAAUUAACUGUUUUGUCCUUAUCAUUUAUUUUACACAGAAAGGAAAUGUGCCACCAAACAAGGACCCAGUCGCCGCCCUGCAGUACCUAUUGGGACCCCCCCUGAACUGAAAGUGUCAGACCAGACUCACCAUGAUUGAUAAUCUGUUGUAAGACCUGUCAGAAUAUAUUCUGGACCUGUACAGGUUCUGAUUGUACCGUAAGACGGCACAUAUCUGCUUUUUGCACGUUUUACAGCUGUCUGGUAUAUAACAGAAUGACUUCUUUUUAAGGAGAAUUUUUGCUUGAAAAUUGUCAUACCAACCGAGCCCUAACAAACAGGAUGUAAAUGUGGUAGACUAUAUUGUUGUUAAAUACUAAAAAUAGACAUAGCAGGAUACAAAUAACCCGCUCACACUCUUUGAUAGUCGGGACGAGCGAAAAAGAAAGCGAGGCUUGCCCGUUUUUUCUUGCUUUCCGCUUGUUGUAAGCUUGUUGUAGACCGGCAACGGAACUUAUCUUUUGAACAAAAAUUUUAAAGAAUUAAAAAUAUUCACUCAUAAACGUACUUAAAAGCACUUA